AUGGAUCAAGAUACCAAGACGAACGGAGCCUUAUUGGCGUCACCCGCGCCGUUCUACCGACAGACUUCUUCCCCGAAGUUGGGGGGUUCGCACGUUCUAAACCUUCGGCGUCGCAGGAUCGAAAUCGAAGUGGUAGACAAAGGUCCCAAGGGCCCGACGUGGCAGUUCCCUGGGUUCGGUACUUCAGAGCAUGUACAGGUUCCUGAAUCGGGUCUGGCCGACAUCCAGGUCGAGCUGGACAAGCCUCGCACGGUUCUUGGCGAGCUUCCUGCCACUGCUAUCUGUGGCAAUGAUAUCCUAUCCAGUGUGCUGUACUCGGCGUCGUCGGUGGCUGCGAAAUCCGGCAAACUCAUGCCCAUUCCUCUGAUCAUGGUGUCAGCUGUACUGUUUUCGUUCCGCUUCAUCUACGAAGAAGUCGUUACCGCCAUCCCAUUGAAUGGAGGCACCUACAACGCUCUACUCAACACGACGUCUAAACGCACGGCCGCUGUAGCAGCGUGUCUGAGUAUUUUAUCCUACGUGGCGACGGGUGUGGUGUCCGCGACGUCGGGUGUGCGCUAUCUCAACAACCAGGUGGAGAUCCCGAUUGUCGGAUGCACGAUCAUCCUCCUUGGAGCUUUCGCUCUACUGUCAGCAUUGGGUACUGCCGAAAGCUCGCGCGUGGCUGUUGUCAUUUUCCUACACCACAUCGUCGUGCUUAGUAUCCUCUUCGUGUCGUGUGUAGUCUACGGUGUUAACCAUUCCCACAUCUUCAGUGACAAUAUGCACACGGAGUUGCCCGAGGUGGACUUUGCAGGUUCUCUACUUGAUGGUAACGUGUUCACAUCGAUUUUCUUUGGAUUCGGCGCUUCCAUGUUGGGUAUCACGGGGUUUGAAUCCUCGUCGAAUUACGUCGAGGAACAGGCCCCAGGUGUCUUCCGGAAGACUCUACGCAACAUGUGGGCACUCGUCACCUUCUUUAACAUAGGCUUGGGUGCUGGGAUCCUAGCUGUACUGCCGCUUGGAGGUGACGACGGCAUCUACGCACAUGGUGACGCCUUGCUGGCAAAAGUAGGACACGUGGCGGUGGGGAGCUGGUUCGAGACGUGGGUUUGCAUCGACGCCUUUGUUGUCCUGUGCGGCGCUGUCUUGACGUCGUACGUCGGUAUCUGUGGUCUUGUUCAACGUUUGUCAAGUGACCGAGUCCUACCGGCCUUCCUAGCUAACAAGAACAAGCUACGCGGUACCAACCACAACAUCAUCGGCAUCUACUUCGUACUUGCAUCUAGUCUCGUGUUGAUCCUGAACGCCGAUGCCUCCACCGUCAAUGGAGUCUACACGUACGCCUUCCUUGGACUUAUGGCCAUGUUCUCGUGUGCCUGUAUGUUACUUAAAGGCAAACGCUCCGAGAUCCCACGAGACAUCCACGCGUCGUGGACAGUCGUUAUCGUCGGGUUCCUGCUGGUCGUAGUGGGCAUUUUCGCGAACCUACUGGGCGAUCCAUCCGUGCUCAUGUAUUUCGCUAUCUACUUCAUGGUCGUCAUGCUCGUAAUCUUCGUCAUGUUCGAGCGUGUCACGAUCCUUCGCGUUGUUCUGGUGUUUCUGCAGAGUGUGGCGCCGUCUCGUAUGGGGAAGGAGACUAUCAUUGGCAUGGUGGACGACGGUACACCGGAAGUGGAGCACACUGGUGCACGUGGUGGACGCACGAUUGCGCGUACGAUUAUCAGUAUCCGCAACGCGCCUAUUGUCUUCUUCUGCAAGGUGCCCGACCUGACUAUUAUCAACAAGGCAAUUAUCUAUGUGCGUCGUAACGAACAGACCCACACGCUUCGUAUCGUGCACGUAUUUGCGGAUGAGGAAGCCGAUGCACCGAUACUUGCGACGUUCCGCGAGAUGGCUGCGUUGUUCGACAGCAUGUAUCCGAAGAUCCGUAUCGACUUUGUGUCAGUGCACGGAGAAUUCGGUCCGGCGAUGAUCGAGUGGCUGUCGCGCUCGAUGAACGUGCCACGUAACAUGAUGUUCAUCACGCAGCCAGACAUUUUAUCGGCAGAGCGUGUGUCGACGGCCGGUGUGCGCGUGAUCACUGCGUAG